UUUAUGUUGGAGGAGACUGUUGGUUGCGAGCUGGAGAGUAAUAAUAGAAGGGCCAAACCUCCUUGACCUCUUAUUCCCUUUUUGGCCUCCUCCUGGUGUAAUGGGCUUGCUUCUUCCACCUGGUUAGAUGUUCUUGAUCCAUUUUUCAUUUUUCCUUUUACCUCAGGACCAGGAAUCGCCUUCCACCCUAUCUGGUGCAUCUUUGGCAGAAAGUGAGGAAAACACCUCCAUUGUGCUUCUUGGCAUGGACGCAGGUUCAGUGGGAGGACUAGAGCUGACAGAUCAGACUCCUGUUUUGUUCGGGAGUACGGCCAUGGCAGCUAGUCUCACCGAUGUAGGAAACUCAUUUAGUGGUCCACCUAAUCCUUUAGUUUCUAGAUCUAAUAAAUUUCAAAACUCAUCAGUGGAAGAUGAUGAUGAUGUUGUUUUUAUCGAACCUGUACAAGCUCCCCCACCCUCUGCACCAGUGGUAGCUGAUCAAAGGACUGUAACAUCUACAUCAUCAAGAAAUGAAGAAGUACAAGGAAAUGAUUCCAAAAUUCUUCCAUCCUCAAAAGAGCUGGCUUCUCAGAAGGGAAGUGUAAGUGAGACAAUUGUUAUUGAUGAUGAAGAGGACAUGGAAACAAAUCAAGGGCAAGAGAAAAAUUCUUCCAAUUUUAUUGAACGGAGACCUCCUGAACCUAAAAACAGAACCAAUGAUGUGGAUUUCUCCACUUCCAGUUUUUCAAGAAGUAAGGUAAAUUCAGGAAUGGGUAAUAGUGGUAUCACCACAGAACCAGACUCUGAAAUUCAGAUUGCUAAUGUUACAACCUUAGAAACAGGUGUAAGCUCUGUGAAUGAUGGCCAAUUAGAAAAUACUGACGGGCGAGAUAUGAACUUAAUGAUUACACAUGUAACAUCACUGCAGAAUACCAACUUGGGAGAUGUCUCUAACGGACUGCAGUCAAGUAAUUUUGGUGUUAAUAUACAAACAUACACCCCAUCUUUAACUUCACAGACCAAGACUGGAGUAGGACCUUUUAAUCCUGGUAGAAUGAAUGUGGCAGGAGACGUAUUUCAGAAUGGAGAAUCUGCAACUCAUCAUAAUCCUGAUUCUUGGAUCUCCCAGUCAGCGUCAUUUCCUCGUAAUCAGAAACAGCCAGGGGUGGAUUCUUUAUCACCAGUGGCCUCGCUUCCUAAACAGAUUUUCCAGCCUUCUGCACAACAGCAGCAACCACCACCACCUACUAAACCAGUUAAAGUCACUUGUGCAAACUGCAAAAAACCUUUACAGAAGGGACAGACAGCCUAUCAAAGAAAAGGAUCGGCUCACCUCUUUUGUUCUACCACCUGCCUUUCUUCCUUCUCUCACAAGCCUGCUCCAAAGAAACUUUGUGUUAUGUGUAAAAAAGAUAUAACUACAAUGAAAGGAACCAUUGUUGCUCAAGUGGAUUCAAGUGAAUCUUUCCAGGAAUUCUGUAGUACAUCUUGUUUGUCUCUCUAUGAAGACAAACAGAAUCCUACUAAAGGAGCUCUAAAUAAAUCAAGAUGUACAAUUUGUGGUAAACUAACGGAGAUUCGCCAUGAAGUUAGCUUUAAAAAUAUGACUCAUAAGCUGUGCAGUGACCACUGCUUUAAUAGAUACAGAAUGGCCAAUGGUUUAAUAAUGAACUGCUGUGAACAGUGUGGCGAGUACCUGCCCAGCAAAGGUGCUGGAAACAAUGUCCUGGUGAUUGAUGGUCAGCAGAAAAGAUUUUGCUGUCAAAGCUGUGUCAGUGAAUACAAACAGGUAGGUAGCCAUCCAAGCUUUCUGAAGGAGGUUCGAGAUCACAUGCAGGACUCUUUCUUAAUGCAGCCUGAGAAAUAUGGAAAACUGACCACCUGUACUGGCUGCCGAACACAGUGCAGGUUUUUUGAUAUGACUCAAUGUAUAGGUCCUAAUGGGUAUAUGGAGCCAUAUUGUUCAACUGCUUGCAUGAACAGUCACAAGACAAAAUAUGCAAAAUCACAAAGUUUGGGAAUUAUUUGCCAUUUUUGUAAGCGAAACUCUUUACCUCAAUAUCAAGCCACAAUGCCUGAUGGGAAACUGUAUAACUUUUGCAAUUCCAGUUGUGUGGCUAAAUUUCAGGCUCUAAGUAUGCAGUCAUCUUCAAAUGGUCAGUUUGUAGCUCCAAGUGAUAUUCAGUUGAAAUGCAACUAUUGCAAAAAUUCCUUUUGUUCAAAGCCAGAAAUCCUGGAAUGGGAGAACAAAGUGCAUCAAUUCUGCAGCAAAACUUGUUCAGAUGACUAUAAGAAGUUGCAUUGCAUAGUUACAUAUUGCGAAUACUGUCAAGAGGAGAAGACUCUUCAUGAAACAGUAAAUUUCUCUGGCGUUAAGAGACCUUUCUGUAGUGAAGGCUGCAAACUAUUAUAUAAACAAGAUUUUGCACGACGUUUAGGAUUGAGAUGUGUUACUUGCAACUAUUGCUCUCAACUGUGUAAGAAGGGAGCAACGAAAGAACUUGAUGGUGUUGUGAGAGAUUUCUGUAGUGAAGACUGCUGUAAGAAAUUUCAGGAUUGGUACUACAAGGCUGCACGGUGUGACUGUUGUAAAUCUCAAGGAACACUUAAAGAGAGAGUGCAGUGGCGUGGGGAAAUGAAGCAUUUCUGUGACCAACACUGCUUACUACGUUUCUACUGUCAGCAAAACGAGCCCAACAUGACAACUCAGAAAGGACCUGAAAACCUACAUUAUGAUCAGGGUUGUCAGACGUCCCGAACCAAAAUGACAGGUUCAGCUCCACCCCCUUCUCCAACACCUAACAAAGAGAUGAAGAACAAAGCCGUUCUUUGUAAACCUUUAACAAUGACGAAAGCUACUUAUUGUAAACCUCACAUGCAGACCAAAUCUUGUCAGACAGAUGAUAAUUGGAAGACAGAAUAUGUUCCAGUGCCUAUUCCUGUGCCUGUGUACAUCCCAGUACCUAUGCACAUGUACAGUCAGAAUAUUCCUGUUCCUACCACAGUUCCUGUUCCUGUGCCGGUUCCUGUUUUUCUGCCUGCCUCAUUGGACAGCAGUGGAAAGAUCCCUGCAGCAGUUGAGCUGAAAAGCAAAGUUUCUUCAGAUCCUCUCGAUGCAGAGCUGCUUACGAUGACAGAUAUGAUGGGUGAAGAUGAGGGGAGGACAGAAGCUGCCAACAUCAACAGUGUAAUUAUUGAAACAGACAUCGUUGGUUCAGAUCUCUUGAAGAACUCUGACCCAGAGACACAGUCUGGUAUGCCUGAUGUACCAUAUGAGCCAGAUUUGGAUAUCGAAAUAGAUUUCCCCAGAGCUGCUGAGGAACUUGAUAUGGAAAAUGAAUUUUUAUUACCACCUGUGUUUGGAGAAGAAUAUGAGGAACAGCCUAGACCACGAUCUAAAAAAAAGGGAGCCAAGAGAAAGGCUGUAUCAGAAUACCAGUCUCACGAUGACAGUUCUGACAAUUCAGAAUGCAGCUUUCCUUUCAAGUAUACGUAUGGCAUAAAUGCAUGGAAACACUGGGUCAAAACUAGGCAACUUGAUGAAGAUCUUCUGGUAUUAGAUGAGCUAAAAUCUUCUAAAUCAGUGAAGUUGAAAGAGGAUCUGCUCUCUCACACCACGGCUGAGCUUAACUAUGGAUUAGCCCAUUUUGUCAAUGAAAUCCGACGGCCAAAUGGAGAGAGUUACGCACCUGACAGCAUCUAUUAUCUUUGCCUUGGAAUACAGGAGUACUUGUGUGGUAGUAAUCGAAAAGACAACAUAUUUAUUGAUCCGGGAUACCAGACAUUUGAGCAAGAAUUGAAUAAGAUACUUCGAAGUUGGCAACCAAGCAUACUUCCAGAUGGGUCAAUAUUUUCUCGAGUUGAAGAAGAUUAUCUCUGGAGGAUAAAACAACUAGGAUCACACUCUCCAGUAGCUCUUCUGAAUACCUUGUUCUACUUUAACACUAAGUAUUUUGGCCUGAAAACAGUGGAACAACACUUAAGACUCUCCUUUGGCACUGUGUUUAGGCACUGGAAAAAAAAUCCUUUAACAAUGGAAAACAAAGCAUGUCUUCGAUACCGAGUGUCUUCCUUAUGUGGAACAGAUAAUGAAGAUAAAAUUACUACUGGAAAAAGAAAACAUGAAGAUGAUGAGCCAGUAUUUGAACAAAUUGAAAAUACAGCCAAUCCUUCUAGAUGUCCUGUGAGAAUGUUUGAAUGCUACUUGUCUAAAAGUCCACAGAAUCUUAAUCAGAGAAUGGAUGUUUUUUAUUUGCAACCAGAAUGCUCUAGUUCUACAGAUAGCCCUGUCUGGUACACAUCUACUUCACUGGACCGAAACACCUUGGAAAAUAUGCUUGUACGGGUUCUUUUAGUAAAAGAUAUUUAUGAUAAAGACAAUUAUGAACUGGAAGAAGACACAGACUAAAAAGGAACGUUUCAGAAGCAAUCAGGAUAAAACAGCAUUAGAUAGUCAUGCUGCUAGAUCUUUAUUAUGGAAAACAUUUCAAGUUUACUCCUUCUGUUUUGAGUUUUGUAGCAGUGUACCCACACUGGGUAUUACCAUGUAAAUAAUCUGUGAGUGAAAGUUGCCAUUAUUCUAUGUAGUGGUUCUAGGAUACUUAACAAAUACAUUCAAAUUUUUUUUUUAUUAUUUAUUUGAUUAGGUAUGUUUGUAACUUUUUACAUUACAAAAUACGAAUGAGAAUGUGCCAUGUAUAAUUUUUUUCUUGUAGUAAGAAACAUCCAUAUUGCACAACUCUACUCUUGCAAAGCUUCCUUGAAAAGAGGCUCUUUUACUGGGCUCUUUACCAGAUGGUUGUGUAUGGGUAGCACUACUAAAAGUUUAGAACUUGCAGUGUCUUUCAGAAUUUUUAAAAUAAACUGUAAACUAAUAGGCUGGGUUUUUUGUUUUGUUUUUUGGGGGUUUUGUUUGUUUGUUUUAUGUUUUAGUUACUGAAGCCUUACAAGGUUAUGUAGAGAGAUACCAUCUUCUGUACCAAAAAUAGACAAGAGAAUGCUGUCAAUAUUGGUGUACUGUAAUGUGAAUCUAUACUGGUGAAAACAACCUUUUGUUCCCCUUAUUAAAACCUUAGUGUCCUUUUCUCA